CGACCUAUGUAAAGGUGUAUGUGUUGGAGAAUGGGGCGUGUCUGGCUAAGAAGAAGACCAGAGUGGUGAAGAAGACUCUAGACCCCUCCUACCAUCAGGCCCUGCUGUUUGAAGAGAGUCCUCAGGCCAAAGUCCUACAGGUGAUUGUGUGGGGUGACUAUGGGCGGAUGGACCACAAGUGCUUCAUGGGCAUGGCUCAGAUCAUGCUGGAUGAGUUGGACCUUGGUGCCACGGUGAGCGGAUGGUACAAGCUGUUCCCCACCUCGUCUCUGGCUGACCCCAGCAUCGGACCCCUCACACGGCAACUGUCCCAGUCCUCACUGGAGAGCUGUGCCACCAGCCCCUCCUGUACCUAGACAGAGAGAACUAUAUAGCAACAGUACACACACACACACACACACAAGAAGGGAUACAUACACACACACACUCAUCAUGCAGAUAUUAUACACGCAGAAACGCAGUCAGACGUGUAUACAUGCAGGCUUCUGCAUACACACGUGCCCAUACAUAAACGCCCCCCUGCCACACACACACACUCCAACACGCUGAUCCUCAGAUCCAUCCCCAUAACUACGUCAGAUUACAUGAUUUACCAGAACAUAGCAUUAUAGUAGCACUACUUACUGCCCAAUAUCCCUGUCCCCUGUCCCCGGACCCCUGUCCCAUCUCAGAA